AUGCAUCGCACAGCAACGGCUUGCGAUGAUCCUAAGAGAGGAGAGGGAGAUGAAUGGUUUGUCCGUGACGAAUAUUGUCGAGUAAUUCAUGAUUUGGAAAAAGAUACUGCAAAUAUUCAACCUAACCACAUUGUGUUUACUGUACUUAUACCACACAAAGGCUUGGACAUGUCAAGAUGGCAUCAGUUUCUUGUGGGAGUUAUGUCAUUUGAAGUCGAUGUUUCAAAUGUACAACGUAAGUACUGACUAUACUGUAUUACAUUUUUUCAAUGUUUUUUGCAUGCAUUGGAUGUAUACAAAUAAUGAAUGUUUAUGAGUGCAAUGGUAAGAAUAUUUUCAUGAGGUGAAAGAUGGAAUGUUCCAUUCAACGAGGCGACAGCCGAGUUGAAUGGAACAUUCCAUCUUUCACCGAGUGAAAAUAUUCUUACAAUUGCACGAAGAAACAUUCAUUAUUUGUUUUAUAUAAUACCAAAAGUCCAGAACAGACUAAUAGAUUCGUAUGAGAAGCAUUUUGAGGGAUGCGAUUUAUCGAAAACACAAAGAGUGCAAUUGUACUAUAUACGUUUUAUUCCAUUGCACUCGCGGAGAGUGCAAUGGAACGCGUUCCAUUGCACUCUUGGGAAAUGGAAUUUUCUAUUCAAUAUCACGUGACCAUAAACAGCCAAUUAAACGAUUAGAAUUUAAUAAGGUAUUAUAUAAUACAGUAUGUUUAUACCUCUUUCCAAGAGGUUAUGUUUUCACCUUAUUUCGUUUGUGUGUGUGUAAUGUGUGUGUUUGUUGCAUUACUAUUUAUAGACAUGACUUUUUUUUCGUGAAAGAAGGAAUCAGUGCAUUUUUCAGUGCGAAAUGAAUGAAAUAACGAAUCCAUUUUUUCACUCUAAAGCUACGUUUACACGCUGCGAUUAAUCGUGUUACGAUUCGUUUUCUGGCGUAUGUCAUUGAGUAAACACGCGUAAGCUGGCUACAUUUGAAAUUUCUUUUUAACGAAACGGCAAUGAAUUAUAUGGCGCCAGCACUCGUUUUAAUACGCCAGAAUACGAAUCGUACACGACAAAUCGUAACGUGUAAACGUAGCUUAAGUCAUGACUUACAUCAACCAAUCACAUUAUACAAAUAAGGUUAUAAGGUUAAAAACCCACCGUAAAAUAUCACCGUAAAAAUCAUCUAAGUAAAACUGUAGAAGUGACCAUCAUUGGGUAAGAACAAAUCGACUAAGCCUGGAUAGGAAACGACUAUAAGCUUGGCCUUGGGUGUGAAACGGUAAAAGUACGAACACUGUAGGCGUAGCGAGGUAACAAUGCGAGCACUGUAGUUUACGUUACGUAAGCGAAGGGCCUUUACCUCAGACGAUAACAUCAAAGUUCUUUUUGUCUUUUUCAGGUAGCUAAAUCUUUUACACUCGAAAUUUAAAUAUUUACAGUUUUAGCCGAAAGCGCAAUGGCUUAUCUACAGUAGUGCUCAGGGCCGUCGAGGGGGGGGGGGGCAAAUUGCCCCGGGCCCCCAGGUUCCACUAGAAUUCUUUUGUUGGGCCCCAGUCAUUUUUUUGGGUGAAAUAUUUCCGCGCAAAGGGCAAGAGGCAAGAUAUUUGUUUUUUGGGGGGCAAAGUAUACCAAAAUUUGGCAUUAAAAAUUGAGGUAAAGUCGCUGGAAAGCAAUUACAACGUACUCGUCCGGAAAAAAAUUUUCGAUGGACUAAAUAUAUCAAUGGACCAUUUGCAUUAUAGACUAAAUUUUGAUCUAGACAAAAAUUUCAUCACAGCUUGAAAGCGCAUCACAAAAUUAGUAAUAUUCCAAAGUUUCGUUGCGAAAUGUUGUAAAAUGCGGAUAAUAUAGCCUUGCGAAAUUUGCAAUUUUCAGUCAUUUUGUAUUACAAACGGGAAAUUGAUGCCCCAACACCCGAUUGGGCUGUCAAUUUCGCGUGCGUAAUACAAAAUCAGGGCCCGCGGAGCGUAUUAGAGAGUGGGGGGGCUAAAGGGUGCUAAAGGGUGAGGUUUAAUUAAUUUAGAAAGUUUCAUUUAGAUUUCUAUUUUAAUAAUUUUGGCUGUCAAAAAAAGUGGGGGGGCUAAAGCCUCCCCAGCCCCCCCGUCUCCGCGGUCCCUGCAAAAUGACUGAAAAACGGCAAACUUUGCAUGGCUACAUUAUCCGCAUUUUACAACAUUUCGCAACGAAACUUUGGAAUAUUACUAAUUUUGUGAUGCUCUUUCAAGCUGUGAUGAAAUUUUUGUCUAGAUCAAAAUUUAGUCUAUAAUGCAAAUGGUCCAUUGAUUAACGAUGAAUGGCCGCGUGUCGAAAACCAGAUCGUAAAGGAUACAAAAAAGUCAUUAAUAACCUGAACGAGUAAACACUACUUUUUCGAAUUAGAAAUUUAGACUGCGUUCCUUGAAAUAACAACUUGCAAGCUUUGUGAUAUUUCUUUACACCCGUGGCGUUUUAAAAUUACACGACCAGGCCGAAAAUAGCUGUAGUUAACAUGUCAGUUUUAUGUCACAUGGUUACGAAGUUCAAACUGUUUACAACUUUCAGUUUAGCUGUUCAUUAUCGAUGUAUAUACUUUGCAUGCUUUAUAUUUCAAGAUAUGUGUGUGACAAUUAUUCAAAUUUAAGCACAACGAAAUCAUAAUAUUACCGCUAUGGUCUAGGCUCUAGCGCUAGCGGGUUUAGUGAUAUACACAUUAUUUCGAGGUAAAUUGUUCUUUUUCACACUUUGAAAGGUAUUCACGCCACAGAUUUCUGUUGUGAUGGCUUUUUGUUUCUUUUAGUUUGUAUAUUUAGCUCAUUUUUAUUCAAUAUUCUUUUUUAGGUAUUAAAUACGAUUUAAAUUUACUCGAUUUACUUUACGAUUUUUUAGCAUUUAUUGUGACAUAAAACUGACAUUUGAGCAAAGAUUAUUUUGGAGACUUCGAGUAGGUCGCGUAAUUUUGAAAACGGGUGUAAUAACUCGAAAGAUUUCUUUACAAUCUAUACGUUUCAGUACUUUGUCGCUCCAAAAAGACACUCUGCACACGUAAAUAUGUGGCCACACCCACAGGCCACAUUAUGUUAAAGCAUGCAUGUGACUCGUGUUAUAACACAUUCGUCAAACACGCGACAUUUCAUUACAGGGCCAGCCACUUUCAGCUACUCGUUUCUUAGCAGAAACAUAUAAGAAGUUGUAACACGUACAGUAAGUCUAGAAAAUGUACAGCAUCCUUCCUAGUGUUGUACUUGAUUUUACCACAAUAAUAAUUUAGCAGAAUCGUUUCCUUUUACAACUACAGGAUCCUAUCCAGGAUUCUCAGAAAAAAAUAUAAAUUAAAUUCCUCUAGGACGAAAUCUGUCAAUCAAUCUAUCUCAGAUGUACAUCACUAGUGCUCAGGCAACAGAAAUAUUCAGACACUAAUCAUCAUGCCAACCACAUUGACAAUAUUUCUUGUGUAUUGGAUACUUUAAAAAAAUGAUUUAUCUGCUGUACAUAUCUGCAACACUUAACCGAAAUAUUAAUGAAAUUAAAAUGAAAAUAGUAAAGUUACUUUUUAUUUACUGCAUGUAUAUCUAAAAAUAUCUGCGACCUGCGCUGAAAAGUUCUUGAAAGCUUCAUAUCAAUGGAACGUAUUAAGAAAUUCAUUUAGAUUUUAGAUCGUGGACAGUAGGCUUUCUUUGGCUUGACAGAGAAGAAAGGACAACAUUUUGUCGUUAUGCCAUUAUAGUAAUACCAGCCACAGCAGUGGUAGUGUGAUUUUUUAGUGUAAAUUUUACCACAGCAACAGAUUUGUGUUUUGGGAUUGUAAAUCAGGUUACCACAGUCUAGAAUUAAAAAAUAUUAAGUAAAAUAUUAAAAAUGUUAUGUAGCAAGAAAAAGUAGGACAGGAGCAUUGUGUUAGUUACCAAUAGACCUUUUGAAUGAAUUGGUGACGUGACCCAUUUCCCUCCAAACGAGCAGUUGUGUCAAACUGAACCACGGAAAUGAAAACCGCACCUCAAUAUUAGUAUAGAAUUGCAAAGGUUUCAGCCUUUAAUAUGCACUAUGGACAAAAUGGUAAUUCAAUUUUAUUUUCAAAAUGUUCUUUUUCCCAGAGCAUUUUUACCAAACAACUCUCAAGAAAAUUUUCAAUAUUAAAUUGACUGCAGUUCUUCCAUAUUGGAUAUUAAAAGCUGAAACUUUGCAAUACGCUCUUCCGGAAAGUACGUCACCUUGGUUCUUGAGCCUCGUUAUCGUGUGUGUACCAAUUAAAGCCACGCGUCGUAAUCACGAGAACGAGGCUCUAUAGCCAAGGUGACAUACUUUCCGUAAGCGUGUAUUUUACUGCUAUUGAGGUGCGCUUUUCAUUUCUGUAGUCAUUUUAACACAGCUACUCGUUUUAAUGAGAAUGGACAUGCGCCUAUUUCGGGGUUUUAGAUUCGCUACCGACACAAUGUUAAUCCUUAUGCCCAACUUAUAUCUUUGCACAAAAGGCCUGUUUAAAGAAAUGAAAGGAUCUGGCUCUCAGUCUCAGUAGCUAAGAUCUGAUCUAGACUAGCCUGCGCAGCUGACGAUUUUAAGGUGUUCCUAGCACGACGUUGUUUGAAUCAACGUCAUUUUGCUAGACUACGACAUAGUCUGUGCGUGUAAUGUAAUUAGCGCCCUCAUUUCCGCCCACGAGCGUCUGUGACGCAGGCUACAUUUUGCCUGCUGAGUGAGACGCGGGCAGCGAAAAUUAGGGUGGCGAACCCCAACCUUAAAACCGCCAGUACGCAGGCUACAUUUAGACAGGUGCAUGCAUGUAUGUGGUUUUGACAUUCAAGAUUUUUUAUAAACCCCAUUUAAGGUGAAAAUAUAAAGAUAUGUAAAUUAUUUUCUACUUACAAAAGUACGGACAAUAUGAGUAUUCAAAUCCACAGGCCCAGUGUCCACCAGCUUUGCAAACACUGAAGAUAAUAAAUUUAUAUGAUUAAAUGUUAUAUGAGUUGCGCAUGCGUAUCAAGCUUAUAUCUCAGAAAACGUCUGAGCCCAAACUCGAGUCGAACCACGUAACCUGCUUGGAUAACUGGACAUACGCCCGGCUAUAACCAUUGAGUUACAAGGUCUCGGAUGGCAGGACAAGGUUACAUGUAUAUUGUAUACUAGUUCGUGUGUUAUAUGUGCAUGAUUGUAUAUGGUUGUGCUAGCUUGUAUAAUGUUACAUAAUACGAGUUGCAUAUGCAAGGGUGUGCUAAUCAUCCUUACUUGUAGCUGAGAGCUAAGCUGAAUUACGAAGGACGCAGCUCAACCUGAUCGAGUUGAAGCUUUCUAAGCGUGCUUUUAGUAGACACCAGUGCUGAAAGGAUCAGUUUGGAGCUAAUUUUAAGUUUCAGAAGAUUUAAUUAUACCCCCCAUUUCAUACAGUUACAGCGUACAUCACUACCAGGUUUACGCCAUACACCAAUAUCCAAAUGACAUACUGUAAAUAGGUUAAUAUAGAUUCUUGUUAUCGCAUUUCUACCUUUUUAGUUUUGUUCUAACUGCCUGAAGGGCGACAUGACGCGAUGUGUGAUUUAAAUUGGUGUGUAUACCGAGGGAUGUAGCUACUUGAAUUUCAGAAUCCCUACAUGCUCAUGGACUAUGUGACUUUUUGAGAGAUUUCCAGCUGAUUUUAAAAGAUAUUUUUAGCUAUAUAUUGUGAUUUUAAGGAGAUUUUUAGGAUAUUGAAAGAGAAUGUGUGGAUUUUGCAAGUGAUUUCAGAAUACGGCGGACGAUUUUUAUUUUGAGGAAAGUGCAGCUACACCCCUCAUUUUUUAUUGUAUGUACAGAGAAGUAAAUUAUCUCGCCGAGGAAGCAGGAAAAUAUGUAAAAGAAGUUUAUAGUUUUGACGGUUCUUUUAGGUGGGACGAUAAAAAAUUGCGCCGCGUCACCUUUAAGGCAGGAGUACAUUAUAAUUAUUGUUCCUGUUCACUGUGCUGUUGUCAGAGUCAAAAACUUUUCAGUUGGAAUUGUAUAGCUUUGAAUAGCUUUCACACAUUUUGAAUGGCUUUCACAUACUGGUGCAGCCAGGUUCUUAUUUUUUUUCAACCGCAGGUUUCCUUAGAGUACCCAGGAUUUCUCCUGCAAUAACCCCCGAACAUGCAUGCAAUACGUAAUCGCCCUUAUUGGAACUCUGGAAUUUCUGCAUGGUUUAAUAAAUAAUUGUACGUCAACUUACAUCCUUUAUUUUUUAGUACGUCAGGAUCAUUUUGCACUAAGGCAGUUUCAGUUUUCAUAUCUUCCGUUGUUUGCUCCACGUCAUUCGAUGUUUCGUCUUGAUACUCUUCAUAUUCAUCUAGAAAAGUGAAAUUUGAUCGUUAUUAGAUCGAGGAUGAUUUAAACUAGCGUUAAAAUAACCAUGAAAAAGUAAAAUUGAACAAGUUAUUCAAUUGAAUGAAAUUUCAAUAGAAAGUUGUCGCCAACGGUUUUGAAAAACACCAUGAUUUACAACAGACGAAUAUUAUUAUAGAGCUGUAUAGCUUAUUAAGGCUUAGAUUGUUUUGUUGCGCGGAAAUUUAGUGUCUUUAUUAAAAGUUUUCUUAUAUCAUAUCCCAGACAUGUUACUGCAUGUACACUCACGGAAACUGUUUCAACAACAUACCAGCUUUAGCAAUGGCAAGGCCAGUCAUCAAAAGAAAGGCAAGAACGAAUAAAAGUCGUGUAUUCAUAUUGUUGGUUUCGUUACUGGAUUUCUUGUGCAUGGUGUUAUCUAACACUGCUUUGCUUUAUCAUGAUUUCGGCUCAAACAUCGCUCCUUUUAUAUACACACGCGAAUUAGUAAUUAAGUCUUUGUCUUUGACUUUGAAAAUCUUUUUAGUACAAAUGAGUCAAAUAAGUUCAAGUAUUUUGAAGAGCAAGCACUUCAUUUUCCAAGGUCCUUAGCUUGUCUUUGUUCUACUUCCAUUAUUUUCUUUCAGAUUGUUCAUGAAAGCAGUCAUUUAGAAAUAUCCUGUAUUUUGAUAUCUUUAUAUCCAUGCAGUAAUAAUAUGUAGGCACGAAUUUGGGAAAAUAGAAAUCAGCAAAUUUUGGUGAGAAAACUGACAUUGUUUUCAGCAUGGUGACAGUAUAUGAAAGUCGAUCAUGCAGGGUAUAUUUGUCAUAUAGUUCGAUACUGAACUGCAGGCAAAUCUCUCAUUAAAGUAUUCCUCCUCCAAUUAACAGCUGUAGUUUACUCCAACUUUAUAGCAUGUUUUCCUCCCAUAACACUAUAGACUAAUAAGGAAUGGCUUGCACUCGAGCGAGAACAGGUUAUAGAUAUAGCACUGAUAAGUGAUAGAGUUAUGUAUAAAUAAAUAUAUUUAAAAGUAACUUAAUUAACUAUAUUUUUAUAUUCUCGAAAAAGGUACUUUGUUUUGUGUUUCCUACUAUGCACCGAUUUGAAACAUAGUUGUAAUAAUUUUUUCCCGAAAUUAAUUUCAAUCAAGGUAUAACCACGGCCGCCUUAUAGAAAAACGUCACGACUUUGAACAGUUUUACAAAGUAUAAAUAUAUAAUAUGAUCAUAUAUUCUCAUUUAGAAAUUAAAUCUUAAAAAUACCGAGGUUUAUGCCAGAAUUAGCAAAGCCUCGUUUUGGUGCUUUUUGCUUAUUUGAAAGGGCUAUAAUCUGGCUUGCAUGAAUUGUUUUCAAUCUUAAACUUGUACACUUUGCCUUAAUAUUAUAAGCAGACUCUGUUUUGCAGACUCUAUUAGCCUGGUAAUCCGUAAAGAAUAAAAUAAUGCAAACUAGUUUUCGAAUCGGCCUAUGGCUAUGAAAUGUUCAUCGUCGGCGAAAUAGAAAGUAUAUUUUCUCAUUGUCAACGUUAAUUCAUCUGCAUGGAAGAAAUACAUAUAAUAUGAUAUAAAUAAAAAGCAAAAACAAAUAAGACGAACAACAUAUAAUAAAUUAUGUUCAGUUCAUUAUACAAAUAAGUGGAUACCUUUUUAACCUAUAUAUGGUGAUAACAUAGUUAGGCCUAUCGUUUUACAAUAUCCAAGUGUUAAAAAGGUUAAUUACCCCACCUUUGUGAAGUACUCAUCAUGCAAUAUACAAUUAAUAAUAUGAUCUAAUUAACUAUAUUUUGCAUGCUUGCUUUUGUAAAUUUUUGGAACUUGUGAAAAGCAUGCUGUAUACGCGGAGAAAUUCAUUUUAAUAUAAGGGAUUAUACAUAAAUAUAGUAUUUUAGUAUAAUGGAUAUGCCAAUAACAUAAUAGUUUUUCUGAAAGGUUUUACACAUAUUAUUUAAAAGUUCUUUAAAAUAAGUUAUAAGACAAGCUGAUUUUAUAUUUACCGUAUCUGUUUAAAAUCUACAUCGUAAUUUUCAUACUCUAUAUUUGGAUUCUAUCAGUUGUGACAAUGCAUGUAUACAGUAUAUGUAAUAUGAGCAUAAAUUUAUAAUUUUGUCUUCAUCAUGCAUGCUGAAAUCUUAAUAUCUCUGAAAUUCAUUUAUAGCAUUCAGCAUGAAUUAGUAAAAAAGGAAUCAUAUAAAGUAUCUCAAACUUUUGUUGUUGUGCAUGUCUUAUCUUCGGGAUUGUAUUGACAUCUUGACUAUCACAAUGUGAUAAUUGAGCUUAGUGUCGCUAUUGCGUGCAUUAAUGCACUUCAGAUCCUUCAACAUGAGUGACUUUCAUUGCUGGCAAAGUUCUUCCAGAAUUUUUUUAGUGGCAAUUUAUCUAAGUUUUUUUCAUAUUUAAAGUACUACUUGAUUCCCACUUGUUGUAUCGCUCAAAGUUAUCUUUUCGAAAAGGAACUAAUCAAUAAGGAGUAUUAUUCAAAUUACGUAUUCAAAGAGCGUGAGAAAUCAGUACCAGUUUCUGACCGUGGGCGUUAUGAAUGGUUAAUGGUUAUAGAUUCAUGUUUCGCUGUUCGAUUGCUAACCCUAACCACUGACUCUAACCCAUGAUUGAACAGCGAGAUAUGAAUCUAUAUCCGAUUAACGACAGGUUUUAUGAUGUAUUUAAGUACAGUCAUGCCUAUUGGUUACUUUUGCUAUAUUUAAAGGACCAUUCCGUGUGUUCUUGGAUUUGGUUACCAAUUAUUUCGGCCAAAAAUAGUGGAGGGUCGUGAUGGGGAGGGAUUCCAAAACUCAUUCCGAAUAUUUUUUCCGAAACUCAUUGUUCAUACACCUAUUGACAAAUAAUCAUCCAUUGAAGUAGAAUAUAAUCCGAAUUCGUGCGAAUGAAUUGCUUCAUUGAUUGAUUGAUUGAAAUUUGAAGCAUGACAUGCAGUGCUAUAGGUGAAAAAAUGACUCAUACAUGCACGUGCUUGAUUUUAUAUAAUUCUGGCCUAAACUUACUUUCUAAAAAAUACUCAGGGUUGUCGCAUUUCCGGUUCUCUUCAUCUUUUCGGUGACAACACAUAAAGGAAGCACCUCUUUGAACGAGUGUGGUGUUUACAUGCCACAAGCAGUUUAACUCAGUUGCCAUGGAUAUAUUGUUAAGUACCUAACCGCAAUCUUCUACAACUUCGUGCAGAUUUUUAAAGCAUUCAAAUUUUUUAUCACCGUACAGAGCUUCUUUCUAUUUUCGUUUUUAACAAAUAUUACAUGCCCAUGGAUUCGUCCCCGUUCUCAGUUUUGAUUGCAGCGUAUUGGUCGCCAUCAGCUGCUGCUCGCGUUAUUUGAUUGCAGUAUUUAUACUCUCUGUGUUACUGUAAUAAAUUAUAUAUUUCACGACAUUUUGGUAUUAUUAAUGUUUGGAGAUUGUUGACAUAUACUAGCUCAUGCUUACAAUAUUUUGGGAUAUUGUUUAAAUCUAUGAACAUUAACACUUUAUUUAAUUUAUCAAUUAAUUAUUCCAAUUAAUUAUUAAUCGGUGAAUUAACCAAUAAUUUAGACUUUCAACAGAGAUGAAACUUAAUGGUAUAUGUUUCAUAUAACGUAGUGAGAACUACUUUUGUGUUACUCCAAACCCAACAGCGCAAACAUUCGCAGACAUAUUUAUUUUAUCUGUCAUAUUGUUUCUGUUUUCUCAGGAGCAGAACAUCCGAUUGUGACACUGGACAUGCGUCUUGGUGCGAGAGAUAACUCUGACAAGUCAUGGAAAGAAAUAGCUAAGUCAAGAGAACAACGAGAACAUAAUUGCAAAAAG